GAGAUGUUAUGAUGAACCAAGACUUCAUUUUAUAAGUUUGUUGUUGUUGCAGAGAUCAGGUUUUAGUCUUGCAGCACCAUGAACGCUCACACGGUCGGCCAGUUGGUUCUUCUUAUGACCCUAAUGAAAAAUUAUUCUUGUGAUGGAUACAGCCUUUUCGUUUUAGAGGACAAACAGAUAACGGCCAUGGAGGGGUCUUGCGUUAAAAUUAAAUGCAAACCUGGGAGAAAUAUUUAUAAAUAUCAUGGUGAUUACUUGCUGUGGCUGAAGGAUGCUGUCCAGUCUAAGAGGCAAGUCCUAGCAGAUACGAUCAUUUACAGCACAGAUGAGUCAAAACAUUCUGCCCAUCCACUCCAUCCACACCAAAACAGAGUACAAUAUAUCGACUCUUCAACAUCAAGGUAUUAUCAACCAGAAGAACUGUGCAACAUUUUGAUCUGUGGCCUGAAAAAAACUGACAGUGGAAACUAUCAAUUUGUAUAUUAUGGAACAUAUCUUAGAAGUCUGACAAACCCUGGGACAAACCUAACAGUUGUGGAAAAUCCUUGCCCAAUAACCUUUAAGGGUCCACAAGCUGUGAAGGAGAAUGAGAUGGUAACGCUGACAUGCGCCACGUUAAGUUCAUGUCCUUCAAGCCCACAAAUUGGCACCUCGAUGCAACGACCUUCAAUACAGAUGUCAGAGUCUCUAAGGACAAACACUGGGUCACCUAAAAGCAUCACACAGAUAUUUAAUGUCAGCUGGAAGGAUGACGGGAUUGUGUUUUCCUGCCAAACAGCAGAUAACAAGGACAAAUAUUUGAUCAGGAAUCUCAGCUUAACCGUAGAAUAUUCUCCCAAAAACCUGGCAAUCAAACCUCAGUCCAUUACUGUGAAAGAAAAAAAAUCAUUCUCACUGGACUGUGUUGCCCGGUUUAAGCCAUCUAUAACCUCAUUCACCUGGAUGAAGACGAUUGAUGGCAAUGAAUCCACCGUGGGCUUUCAGAGGACGUACUCGGUAAACUCAGCAAGUCCCUCUGACGCUGGACUGUACAGAUGCGCAGCCAGAAAUGAGAUUGGAACUGGAACAUCUCAGCAAGCAGAGGUUAAAGUCAUGUAUGCUCCAAAACACACAGCAAUCAUUAAAGGAGGAGAGCAACAACUGUCUGAUGGGAGGCGCUCCGUGACCCUGACCUGCAUCAGUCUCUGCUAUCCUCCUGCCACAUAUGUCUGGUACAAUAAGACGGAUGGCAGAGAAAUCUUAACAUCUCAAUCACAGGUCGUAACAGUGAACUCAGACCGAGCAGGAGAGUACUACUGUACUGCGAGGAAUGACCUCGGCCAAAGAUCAUCUGAGCCGCUCAGGCUCUUUGAAGGCGAUGGAGGAAAAAGUCAGUCCAACGAGGAUCCAUGCACACAGGGCCCUUCAGGUGAGUCAGGGGAGUUUGGUUUAUCGGAGAGUCGUCAGAGCAGAGGGGAAUUCUUAUCAGGACAACCAAACCGCUGGAAGGCCCAGCGACCCCAGCAUCGUCCGGACACCACCACGUCUGCAUCCACCAUGAGCACCGUUUACUAUCUCCCCAGAAAUCAGACGGAAAAGGAAAUGCAGGUGAAUUAUGAGAAUGUCAGCAUUGUAUAUGCAGCCAAACCUCCUAAUCUUCCAAAUCCAUGUGACUCGGACUCGGACACCAGCGAAGACACCAGCUCCUCCGAGGAUGACUAUUGUCAGGCCCCCCCUCCUCAAGUCCUGCAAAGACAGCAGCAUGGAGGCACAGAGAACGAGUCUCUCAACUAUGUUUUUCUGGACUUUGGAAAUGAACUGAAGAAAGCAAAGGAGGGAGUGGUGUACUCUAAAGUGUCCAAGCCAAAACCAGUGAAAGAGAGAGUAAAAGGGAGGCAGGCGGACUACGAGAACGCCAGUGUUGCUCAAGCAGCCAAAAGUCCAAAGCCCUCAAAUCCAUGCGACUCUGACUCAGACACCAGUGAAGAUGAGGUGGAGGUCAGCUACACCCAGGUGGACCUGAAGCCAGAGUCUGGACACCGGAGAGCCAGCAGGGACUCCAGCAGCUCUGAGGACGAGCUGCAGUACUCUCAGAUUAGAAGCAGUUCAGACAGAAUGUGGUACAUGUUUGACGCUCAGAGAGCAGAGCAGGUGAUCAAUGUGAACAAUCACUAUGCUCCUAAAGAAACGGAGGCUAGGAUAAGCUCUGACCAUGUGAGGAAAGGACACUUUGUGACUCUCACCUGCUCUGCCAAAGGACGACCAUCCGUCAGCUUUAGUUGGUUCAAAAAUGACCAAAAGCUGCUCUCAGGGGCUGAGUUGAAGUUCACAUCAAUCAAGGCUUCGGACAGCGGAUCGUACUUCUGUCAAGCUGAAAAUAAAAUUGGGACUGGAAAAUCUAACACACUAUAUAUUGAUUUGUCAUCUCCUCCUACAAAUGUCCAACUGUCCCUGCCUGCUAAGGUCAGAGAAGGUCAAUCAGUCACAGUCACCUGCACCGCUGAAAGUUUCCCACCAUCAAGUUUUACAGUGAAAAAGUCUUCAGCAUCAAAUCCAGAGUCUGUGUUUCCACAUGUUUACGGCCAAAACACUUCAAGCCACACAUUCACUGCAGCUCCGGCCCACGCAGGCUCUUACGUCUGCACGGCCGCCAACAGUAAAGGGACAGCGAGGAGCGAAGAGAAGAAUCUAGAGGUUCAAUAUGCUCCAAAACACACAGCAAUCAUCAAAGGAGGAGAACAACAACUGUCUGAUGGGCGACGAUCUGUGACACUGACCUGCAUCAGUCCCUGCUAUCCUCCUGCCACAUAUGUGUGGUACAAAAAGAUUGAUGAUGGAGAAGUCUUUACGUCUCAAUCACAGAUCAAAACAGUGAACUCAGACCAAGCAGGAGAGUACUACUGUACUGCGAGAAAUGACCUCGGCCAAGGAUCAUCUGAACCGAUCAGGCUGUUUGAAGGCGGUGGAGGAAUAAAUCAGUCCGACGAGGAUCCACACACACCCCUUGGGGUUUUAUGGGUUGGUGGAAAGGAGUCAGAAGGGAGAAUGGAUGAGCUUGUGUCCAGACCGCCAAACCUCUUGAAGACUCGACGACCCCAACCUCGUCCAGAUGCCACGUCUGCAUCCACCCUGAGCACCGCUUUCUAUCUGCCCAACAGAAAUCAGGCGGACUACGAGAACGUCAGUGUGCAUGCAGCCAAAACUGUAAACCCUCCAAAUCCACGCAACUCAGACUCAGACACCAGCGAAGACUCCAGCUCGUCCGAGGAGGACUACUGUCAGGCCCCCCCUCCUCAAGUCCUGCAAAGACAGCAGCAUGGAGGCACAGAGAACGAGUCUCUCAACUAUGUUUUUCUGGACUUUGGAAAUGAACUGAAGGAGGAAGUCGUGUACUCUAAAGUGUCGAAGCCCAAACCAGUUAAAGAGAGAGUAAAAGGAAGGCAGGCGGACUACGAGAACGCCAGUGUUGCUCGAGCAGCCAAAAGUCCAAAGCCCUCAAAUCUAUGCGACUCUGACUCAGACACCAGUGAAGAUGAGGUGGUGGUCAGCUACACCCAGGUGGACCUGAAGCCAGAGUCUGGACACCGGAGAGCCAGCAGGGACUCCAGCAGCUCCGAGGACGAGCUGCAGUACUCUCAGGUCAAAACCUGA